UCUUCAACCUCUCUGAUUCCUUUUUCACUGUCUUCUUCGCCGGAUCUCUUGCCGGAGCUCUCGCCGGUUCUUAUUGCAGUCCCACUCGUCUUCCUCGUUCCCUCUGUUCCUUCGUUAUCUUACCACUCUCGCUCAGGAUCUUUGCUUCUCCGACAAUGGCGGCUACUACACAGUACAAGUCUUGUCUUCUUCAACCUAAGUCUGGCUCCACCACUCGCCGACUAAACCCUUCUCUCGUUAAUCCUCUUACGAAUCCGACAAGAGUUUCGGUUUUGGGGAAGAGUCGUAGAGAUGUGUUUGCGAAAGCUUCGAUGGAAAUGGCGGAAUCGAAUUCGAUACCUUCCGUUGUUGUCAAUUCCUCUAAGCAGAAUGGUCCUAUCAUCGUCAUUGAUAAUUACGACAGCUUCACUUACAAUCUCUGCCAGUAUAUGGGAGAGCUAGGAUGCCAUUUCGAAGUUUACCGCAAUGAUGAACUUACAGUAGAGGAGCUGAAAAGAAAAAAUCCAAGAGGGGUAUUGAUUUCUCCUGGACCUGGUAAAUAUUUUGGCGUAUGUGGUGUUGCAAUUCUUGGAUUGUUAUCUUUUUCUACA